AUGCAAAUCGCGGUUAGUUUCUGAGAUGAGGUUUUUCAUUUGAAUAACUGCUUUCAGAAUCUGGGCUUCUUCAUCUUCGACAACUUGGUAUUCCGCAUUCCAUCCACUGGCCUUUUAACCUCUUUCUGUGCCUCAAUUUCUCUAAAUCACUUCCUCAAGGUGCUCUACAUGCUCCAACUGUUCUCCAACUACAGUUCUAUCUUCUAUUCUCUUCUCUUUUGUCUAACAAGACUUGUAAUCGUAUUCCAUCCAAACAAUCAUCAUAAGGUAAGCGCAAAACGUACAUAUGAACACUUACAGUAAUCCAUUCAGAUCUGUGUUCGGCUGUUCUUCUUUUUCAUUCCUUCCACUUUCAUGUUUUCGCUCUGCGCAGACUUUUUUAUGCUUCCUGCUCUCGGCUAUUGUAGGCAGUACCCCUCGCCAUACCCAUUCGGGGCAAUUUACAUUUCUUUUGGACUAACAUGGUUUGAAGUGAGUCCAUCCGCUCUUUUCUCUCUUUCCCCUCCAUCCCUUCCAGAUCCGAACCGACAUCUGCAUGCUCUACCUCAGUUUCAUCGCUCCCUUACUGAUAAUGCUCAUGAACACUGCGCUCAUCUACAAAGUUCGAUCGUUUUUGUUCAAUCAAAAGUGAGUCAUUCAAAUGAGGAAUCAAACUGAAAUCGGACUUUGAAAGGAUGGUCAGAAGUCGGAAAUCUCGACGCGCACAAAUAUCGCUCACAAUGACGACGCUCGCAAUUAUCUUGCCGUUUCUGGCAAGCGGAGGAAAGACGGUGAGUGGUGGGCUUCCAAUAUGUUUGCGGGGUUAGGAUGAGACUCACUUUCUGAGAAUGGGGUGGGUUGCAAAAAAUGUUCUUAGUGAUUUGUCUGGAUGGCCACAAAGAAACACGAGCAAAAACUACUAAACAUUCAGGCGGUCGGUCUUCUGAGUGCUGAGCUUGGCACUUACGCGUUGAUUAUCCGUAACCCUCUCGUCGAUCUCGGAAUGAUCCUUGUUCCCUGGAUCUUCUACCUCUCCCAUCCGAUGUUCCACGAAAAGUCGGCACUCGCCUCGACCACCAUAUGA